GUGACGCUGUUGGGGCAAAAUGUGGACAGUUAUUUAUGGUUUGGUGGUGGUCCCAAAAAAGAUUUUGAAAAGGCCAGCGAUAUUCAAAAAGCCACCGCCACUGAUUUUGCCGCUUUAUUGGAUUGGAUAGCCACCGAACUGCCAGGGUUAAGAAUUCGAUUUUCAACAUCCAAUCCUCAGGAUAUGAAUGAAAACGUAUUGCAUGCCAUGGCCAAACACAAAAACAUAUGCAAAUACAUCCAUUUGCCCGUUCAAAGCGGUAGUACCAGUGUAUUGCAACGUAUGAAUCGCCAACACAGUCGCGAAGAAUAUUUGGAUUUGGUUCGUAAAAUAAAAUCGAUUGUACCCGAUUGCGCUUUGUCGCACGAUAUGAUUUCGGGCUUUUGUGGUGAAACCGAAGAAGAACACCAAGACACGCUCAGUUUGAUGGAAUUGGUGAAAUAUGAUUUUGGAUUUAUGUUUGCCUAUUCGGAUCGCCCAGGCACACCCGCCCAUAAAAAAAUGGCCGAUGAUGUACCAUCGGAUGUUAAAAAGCGUCGAUUGCAGGCCAUUAUAGAAAUGCAACAGACCCAUUCAUUGGAGCGUUUAAAAAGU